AUGGACUGCAGCACCGGCGCGGCGAUUGGGCAGCAGUUUGCGAAGGAUGCGUUCCACAUGCAUGGCGGUGUUGGCGUGGGCCCAACCGGCAACUCCGAGCAUGACGUUCUCAUAAACGAAAUGAUGAUGGUGCAGACGCCGACAGGGCCGGCAGGCGAAUGGACCCACCAGUUCGCAGCGUACCAGGGACAACAACAACAACAACAACAACAGCAUCCACAAGAGUUGGCCAUGCGGCAUCAGCAAAACGAUGCCUUUAUGCUUCGCCAGCAGCAGGAAAUGGAGGAGGCAUUUUGCACCUUUUGCACGACGCAUCCGCAUUCACAUGCGCACUCACAUGCGCAUUCACAUGCGCAUUCACAUCAACCGCAAGGGCUGGUUGGGCCCGCUAUGAUGGGGCCACAAAUAAUGCCACCGAUGAUGUUUGGUCCAGGGACCGGCGGCUUUAUGAUGGGCGCACCGCCUAUGAUGCCGUACGCCUCGAUGAAAUUUGCAGGGGAUGCGGCAAUGGCGGCUGCAAACAACACAACCAUGACACAGGGGGCCACAGCAACAAGUACCACGUCCGUGCAACAGGAGCUGCAGCAGCAGAGCAGCGACAAUGGAUGGGUGGAGAAGUUGCGUGAUGCGGAGUGGGCACAGGAUUACAGCGAUGCGCAGGUCUUCACGCUUGAGGGUCAGUCGGAGCAGACGAUGGAGGAGCAUGCAAAGAACUCCGAGUUCUACCAGUUUAUGGACAAAAUCCGCAGCAAGGAACUGCUUAUUGAUGAGGAGACGGGUCAGUUGGUGCAGGGCCCAGGACCCGAUCCGGAUGCUCCUGAGGAUGCGGAGUACUUGAAGGAGUGGGCCGCCGCAGAAGGGCUGAACAUGCCGCCGGGUUUCUUUGAGCACAUGGUGCAACGUCCACAAGGAAAUAACGAACAAGCGGAGGGUCGUUUAUUUGACGGUAGCAACGAUGCUCUGAUGGACGAUGGUGCCCUUGACAACGCGGCGGAUGUGGAAGAAUGGGCAAAAGAGUACGCCGAGGCACAAGAGCAGUUGCAGCGCGUCCAAAACGAAACGAAUUAUCCCUUUGAGCCCAACAACCCGUACAUGUACCACGACAAACCCAUGGAGGAAGGGAUUGCAAUGUUGCAGUUGGCGAACAUGGCGGAGGCCGCCUUGGCCUUUGAGGCGGUGUGCCAAAAGGAACCGGAAAAUGUGGAGGCUUGGCGGCGUCUGGGCACAACGCAGGCCGAAAAUGAAAAGGACUGCCUUGCAAUCAUUGCGCUGAACCACGCCCGCAUGUUGGAUCCAAAAGACGUCGCCGUUCACGCAGCGCUUGCGGUCUCGCACACAAACGAGCACAAUGUGGGGGCGGCGCUGCAAUCUCUGCGGUCGUGGCUGCUGUCCCAGCCGCAGUACGAGCACCUUGGUUUAGUGGACCUGCAGGAGGUGGCUGCCGAUGAAGGAUUGGACGAGGUGCCGGAAGAAAAUUACUUUUUUGCCGCUCCAAGCGAGUACCGCGACUGCUGCACACUUUUGUACGCCGCGGUGGAGAUGAACCCAAAUGACCCGCAGCUGCAUGCCAGCCUCGGUGUGCUGCACAACCUCUCGCAUCGCUUUGACGAGGCCGCCAAGAACUUCCGUCGUGCCGUCGAGUUGCGCCCAGACGACGCGCAUAUGUGGAACAAACUCGGUGCGACACUCGCCAACGGUAACAGGCCACAGGAGGCACUUGAGGCGUACAACCGUGCACUUGACAUUAACCCGGGUUACGUGCGCGUCAUGUACAACAUGGCGGUAUCCUACUCGAACAUGGCGCAGUACCCGCUUGCUGCAAAACACAUCACACGGGCCAUCGCUCUGCAGGCCGGGGGCACAAACCCGCAGGGCGAAGGUUCUCGGAUCGCAACACGCGGUUUGUGGGAUCUGCUUCGCAUGACGCUGAACCUCAUGGACCGUAGCGACCUUGUUGAGGCCUCAUGGCAGCAGGACUUGACACCCUUCUUGAAGGAGUUUGGGCUGGAGGAAAUGGCGGUGUAA